AUGUCGGCUCAUGCAGAGGUCAUCCGGCCCAUACUAUUUGUAGUUCGGUUACUCCUUUGGAUCAGUGCAGUCAUCACCCUGGCUCUCGCUGCAUGGAUAGUCGAUCAUAAUGUCACGGGUUACCGGGCUGUCUUUCCGCUGGUCAUCGCUGUCUUGACUACGGUCUUCUAUAUUCCUUCCCUUUUCACUGCGUGCAUGAAGAACAACAAAGGCUAUAUGCUCCCUUUGGAUGUUAUCUUUUAUGCUCUAUGGCUGUCCGCAUUCAUCUUCAUCGCCCAGACUGAUAAUGUCUUCGGCGGUGCCGGGUGCAGCUACUUCAGUUGGACUGUGAGUAAUGCUUGCAGAAGACGAAAUUCGGUUCAGGCUUUUACUUUUCUUUCAUUCUUCUGGACGUUGUGUGGCCUCUGCUUGGAAACUCUCAAUAUCUACCUCGAGGCCCGCUAUUACCGAAAGGGCGGUCACAUCGUCCAUCCAGAGAAGCCUCCUCAGCCAGAUCAGUACAACCAAGGCGGAAGCACUUCAGUUCCCCCUGGUCAGACGGCAGGUGUGACGCCGGCCAGUGCCGAGCAGGCUCAUGUCUGA